UACCUGACCAACCCGGCCAUGUACCUGCUGUCAGCGGCCAGGGCCAGGCAGGUGGUAGAGACGCACUGUGGCCCAGAGGAGAAGCUGCUGGUCCGACCCGGAAAGAGUUGCAUAGGCCAAGGAGAGACAGCAGAGGAGGAGGAGGUGACAGGCACAACAGGAGAUGGAGAGAUGAACUCUAAAAAGAUUCAGCAGCUUUUAGACCUGGUUUUAACUUGUAAAAGAAAUGCAGAGAACGAGGUGAAGAGAGAAGAAAGACUAGAUGGGCUCAAAACACUGGGGAGAAAGAGGAAGCUGGAGCAACGGGCAGCAGCGAGGGCAAUUAAAUUCCUGAAGGCAGCUCAUGGACCUGCAGGCCACCACAAAAUUCCAGUUGAGGACAGACUGUCCACCACUCCUUACUCUCUUCAGUCUGUGAUUGGCUCUCUGGGUUUAAGGGAAGGCGAUUUAAGGGAACGUGGAUCUGAGCCGGCUGUCAAACUUCUCCACUUGCUGACAGGCCUGAGUCAGGAUGCCUCCAGACUGACCAGUAAAGAGGAGGAUCAGAGGGAAUCCUGUCCAUUUGGUAGGUUGGCCACAAAGUUGGGCCUUCCUGCGAACUGUGACAUUGACCUGAGGAAACAGGAGGAGCUGGAGGAGCAAACAGCAGACAGUGUAAGCAGUUUAGAGGGAUUCAGCCCGGGCUCACACAGUGGGGAGAUGAAUCUGCACAGAGCAGCAGGCGGGAGAGAAAAGAAGGGAGCAGGUGAAUACGAAGAAGAUGAAGAAGAGUGGGAAAUCCCCUGGGUCCUUAUUCCCAUCACAGGUCUGGGUUCAAGGCAAUACCCUCAAAAAGACAGAAUCCUCCCUCAGGACCCUCGCUUCCAGCGCCUCAGGGUGGAAACAAACAUCACCAUGACAACCAAACCCCACAGGAAGAGCCCCGCCCAAUCUCCUGUGCCCAGCCCCCUUGAUUCGCCCUUACAGGGUUCAUUCCCAGAUACGAAACCUUCUGUCUCCUCCUCUCAUUUCCCGUCACCUGACUCUAGCCCUCCUCUUCACCCCUCCCAGUGUCUAUCUCCAGAGCCCAGUCCUCCCCUUUCUCCAUCUCAGUGCCCUUCACCCGAGCCGAGUCCAUCGGCCUCACCCACUCGUUGUCCAUCUCCACGGCUUAUUCCUCCUCCUUUUUCCACCUCCUCCACAUUCCAGCUCAGACCUCCUUCAUCCCCGUCCAAGUGCCACUCCCCAGAGCCCAUGGAGCACAACCACCUAAUCACAAUUAACAGCAGUUACAAUGAGGAGUUUCCACCUCCCACAUCCUCUGGAGAGUUUACAGGUACAGCCAAAGACAAACAAGAGGAACCUCAGGAAAAAGACACAGUCGAUACGGAGCCAUCCUUUCUCAAAUCCGUCCAAUCAUCUGUUAUUCACGCUGCACAGAAGAAGCCAAGCUCCUUAUCCACCCUCUCUGUUCAGGACAAGCCAUACCCACAAAGGGAAAAGAUAAAUGCAAACAAAAAUCAGCAGGUGAUGAACAAGCAAAAGGAAACAGCUGCUGUGGGCCAUAAAACGGGUAAAGACAAGGAGGUGCACUUCAGAGCUGAGGUGACCAACAAAGAGGAAACCAAGGGAGAAGAAGGGAAACAUGUUGCUGGCUCUACAUAUUCUCAGUCUGCACAGCCUCACAGAGACAUCGACAGCAUCGUGGAUAGAAAUAUUGACAACUUCUUCUCUGAAAUGCAGCUGCUGCUGCAGGAGGAGAGUAUUCCCUGCAGCUUCUCGCAGACUCCACACACAGCUUCUCACGCAGAGGCCUCUAUACCUCAGCACACACUGUCUCCACACUGCCUGACCACUUCAUUCUCACAUUACAUAUCCGUACACCACGACUGUCCUACAGUCCAGGACUACGUCAGUUCCCUAAAGGACGGCAUUAAAAGCAUGAUGACAGAUUUUGGUGGUAACGUGACACAUGACCCUGCCCACACUGAGGCUGACACAGUGUUAGCCAGCAGAGUCAGUGCUUAUGUUUCCAGCAUCCGAGCAGCGAACAUUAAUACAGAGAGAUGUGAUGAUUCUUCUGCUCCAGGCACGUCUGCUCCCUCCACAGGAGGUCAAAUGUGGCGAUCGGAUCUAAUGAAAAAUCAGCAGCCUGAUGUAAACAGCAGGCAGUCUCCAACUGAUCUCACUGUAACUGUCCCUACCUUUCUGUCCGACAAGCCCCGUGACAUCCAUCACCUCCGUCCUCCGUCCGGUAAUUUCCCAAGUCGGACCUUAGAGCUCAGCGGAACAUUCGCUCAGAAUGUCAGACAAACAGCGGGCAAUAUUUUCAUCAAGACCCUCGACUGUACAGUGCCACACACUGAGGUCCCGGUGUCAAGCUUUGUCCCCAAGACCUCAGCAGAACCUUCUGAUCCCGACUCUGUCUCUGCCUCUGAGGCCAUGGCCCCACAACCCACAAAACUGAAUUCACUGAUCAACACUCUGGAGCCAGAGGUGUUUAGCAGUUUGAUAAAGAUCAUCAAAGAUGUCAAAAAGAACUCCCUGCAGUUCUACAUACAUAGCACCGAGCCCGUGGACCAGGUCUUUGUGGAUGUGAAGCAAUACUUGUUGAAACAGGGUAAUGUGGAACAGACUCCUGUGGCCUUUCUGAACCAAGAAAAAUCAAACAGCAGGCUAAUGGUCAUCAUUAAGAACAAAGAUAUUGCUGAGCACAUACACAGGAUCCCCAACCUGGUUUCCCUAAAGCGACGCUCCUCUGUUCUGUUUGUGGGAAUCGACUCUCUGGAUGACAUCAAGAACAACAGCUACAACGAGAUCUUUGUGUCCGGCGGCUGCAUCAUUUCAGACGAGUUGAUAUUUGAUCCAGAUGUCGUCAGUGAGGGUCAACUGGCCGAACUGCUGAAGCUCCUAGAACAACAAAACUCACUGGAGAGUGUUUGGAAAUGGAAGAUUCACUGCAAAACCCACAAGAAAUUAAAAGAGUUGGCCAGGAUCCGAAAAGAAGCAGCAAAUGUGUUGGAGCUUCUGUCUGUCUACCAGAAACAGCAGAUUGUUGAGUUCCUUCCAUAUCAUCACUGUGACAUGGCAGACCACCAGUCACCUGACUUGGACUGUGUCAUCGAGCUCCAAGCUCGUUAUACACAGUACCGACACACCAUCUUCUUGACUGAACGUUGUCUUAAUAACUCCCCAAACUAUAUCAGUGGUGGCAUCAUCGUGGCUGGUGUUGAAGAAACCCUGCACAAUUUCAGCAGACUGGUGGGUUACCAUAACAUCAAGGACAGGCAACCAGUGUUGGACACCCUGUUGACAUCCAAAGGUCUCGACAGCCAGCUGAGUCCCAGUGACCCUGGGUUGGGCUCUGAAUGUUCGCCCUCUAUUUUCCCAGAACACAAACACCUUCUUGCCUCAGUUGAGAAACACCAACAUCUUUUCCUGCAGCCUGGCUUUGGCUUCCUAUCACAACCUCAUCCCUCUGACCAGCUCGUCCCAGACGCCUCCUGUAAGGACGUCAUGCCUCAGCCGUCAGACACGGACUUCGAGGUUCUGAGUCUGGCCAUCUCACAGUUACGGGCCGAGCGUCAGGCUCGAUUACAACAACAGCAGCAGCAGUUGGACUCAAAGCUAGAGUUAAAAAUGGACUUUCCACAAAGCCCGACAACCAAUCCAGUUAGCAGAGGCAGCAGUCACUCUAAUACUCCACCUCAAAGUCGAGGAGUUCCCACUAAGUCGGCCCAGGGUACACGUAGCAGGAAGGCUGUUGCUGCUACUCUGGAUUUUAUCCACUCAGCGCUGCAGGAGGAACUACAGGAAAAGGAGGAGGAGGAGGUCAGAGUGAAGUCUACGGAGGGACAGCAAAGGGAGAAAAAAAGCACUGACGGUCGGGGAGACUCAGGAGACGGUCCCUUGGUGAGAGGAACGUUGUCAGAAGAAAAUCAAAGUCCCAGUCAAUGCAACACAUCUACCUCUUCAUUCAGUAAGAACAAAACUGCAGUGACAACAACACGGGACAGAAACCUGACAAAUGCAGAGACAAUAAAAACAGUUCAAGUCCAGGAUUUAUGUCCUAGUGCAGCCACCUGUAGUACCGUCUCCUGCCCUACAGGAGUCGACAAAGCAAGAGACACCCGGUCAGAACAAGAACAGCCAAAAAGAGAAGCACAAGCCCAAUCUGGACCUGUUGAAAAUGUCAGUGGGAGUGCCACGGCACCAACCAGUCAGGACGACAAACCAAUACCAGUUAUUUCCCAGUCACAAUGGAGCCAUAAGACGCAGCAGAAUCUGCAGGCAAAGCAGUGGCAGUCCUAUCCACAACACCAUCAACCUUUACUUCACCGUCGUCAGCAGGAGCAGCAGUGGAGCAGCAGCUACAUACCCCCCCAUCUCCUGUCACAUUACUCUGGCCAGCCUCUCGCUGUAGCUCCCAUGCUGAGGCCACUUACUGCACUGGGCAGGACAAGGGGCCAUGUAGGACCCACGCCCGUGUGGGCCGGUGGCCUUAGGUCUGCAGGUGCCACUAACUUAACCUGGGGGUUCCCUCAGACUGUCUCGGGGAUGUACCACAAUCCUACAGCUCAGGGCAGCAACGUGUACAGAGGAGGGCAGAGAGGAGGCUUUAAUGGGAUGUAGGUUAAACCACAUGGGUGAACUGCUCCAGAAAAUGACUUUUUCUUCAAGUCCACUGAUGCAUCUUAUGUCAAAUAAUGAAAUAAAUUGACAUGCCCUCCAGUGGACACUUUAGUCUUCUUGUAAAAAAAUAUAUAUAAAGAUAUUUUUGUUCUAAAUGUUCGUUUGGUUACCCUGAGAAUUGUUUGUGUUGUUGUAUGUAGUGAUUCUAACAGUGGUUUUAAAUUAAAAAUCAUUUUAUGUUGUUUUUUUUACAUCAGAAAUUUGUUUUAUAUUAAACUUUGCUGUAUAAUCCAA